AUAAAAAGCCGUGAUAAAGCGUCAAAGAGAGCCCGUAAGAGCAAUCUAGAAACUGAUUGGAAUGUUUAUAAGAAAGCAAAAAACAAUGUUACCAGUCUGAUUAGAAAUGCUAAACAAAACUAUUUUAAAGACAAGUUUUCUGAACACAAGAACAAUUCAAGUAAGCUUUGGAAUCUUAUUAAGUGUUUGUCUAAAGACGGUGGUGAAAAUAAAAGCGAAAUCUCUCAGGUUGUUGAAAACGAAGUUCUGAUAACGGACAGUACUAGCAUUGCGGAGAUUUUUAAUCGCUACUUUAUUGACAUACCUACGAAAUAUCUCGCCUCGCUUGGCGAAUAUCAAGGAUUGAAAGAUGUCUUCGAAACGAGUAUCAAUUUUGCAAUUUCGCCCGUCACUGAAAACGAUGUAUUAGAAUUGUUAAUGUCAGUCCCAUGCCACAAAGCUACUGGUGAUGACGGAAUAGGUAUAAAGAUCCUUAAGAUUGUCGCACCUGCAAUAGUACCCUCUCUGACCAAAAAACACUUCCCGAGAGCAUGGAAAAUAGCAAAAGUUUCACCGAUUUUUAAAGGAAAUGGAAGCAGAAACGAUAAAGAAUGCUUUCGCCCAAUAUCAGUACUCCCAAUUCUUUCGAAACUGUUGGAAAAACUGAUCUGUCGUUCAAUGAACAAAUUUCUCCGUGAAAAUAACAUCCUACAUAAAUUCCAGUCUGGUUUCAGGAAAACAUUCUCUACCGAAACAGCGUUAGUACGACUCGUAGACCAACUUUUAUUCGACCUUGACAAAAACAAUGUUUCCGGAAUUGUUUUUGUGGAUUAUAAGAAAGCGUUUAAUCUAAUUGACCAUCAUGUGUUAUUACGAAAACUCGAAGUACUCGGUAUUGGUGAUGAUUACCUUCCUCUAUUUACUAGUUUUCUGAGCGAUCGAAAACAGUACGUAAACGUUAAUGGAUGCCAUUCUAAGACUGAAAAUGUAAAUUUCGGUGUUCCGCAAGGAAGUAUAUUGGGACCUGUGUUAUUUCUGAUAUUUAUUAAUGACUUGCCGACUGCUCUGAAGAAUUCUACAGCUGAUAUAUAUGCGGAUGAUACUACAAUUAGUUACUCUGAUCAUUAUAAUAUUUCUCCUCAAGCUAUUAGCAAUGGCAUCCUGACGGACAUGAAUGAACUACAAAAUUGGUCGAAUAAAAAUCGAAUGACACUAAACGAAAGAAAGACGAAAUCUAUGCUCAUUACAGGAAAACGGCUAGAUAAAAAGCUGGAAAGUUUGGAUUUGCAAAUUGAAUUAAACAACACUACUAUUGAACAAGUUAAUGUUUUCAGUUUGCUGGGACUAAAGAUAGAUAUGAGAUUGACAUUUGACGAACACGUCGACUCUCCUUGCAACAAGCUGUCGCAGCGAAUUGGCGUCCUACGAAAGAUCAAGGUUUUUCUUCCCCUGGAGCAGAGAAUUCUCUACAACAACGCUAUGAUUAAACAACCGAUGAUGUAUGGCUCAACUGUGUGGUCUGCGUGCUCUCGUGAGAAUUUAGAAAGGGUUUUGCGACUGCAAAAGCGAGCUGCUAGGGUCAUAUUAGAUGCUGACAUGCGAGCGAACAGUGCCGAACUCUUCAAAAAACUAAAUUGGUUGCCUUUCUUCUGUGAAGUCAAAAUUCAGAUGUGUGUUUUGGUUCACAAACGUCUUUACGGCGAAUGCCCAGCUUAUAUUAAAGAAACGUUGAGCGUAAACUCAGAUAUCCAUAACCGAUCAAGUCGUUAUGGCUCAAUAAACAUAGUUUGUCCACGUUUCAAUAGAGAAACUGAAGGUGGACGGACAUUCUCAGUCAGAAUGUCAAGAUUAUGGAACAGCCUGCCAAAUGAACUGAAGUCCAUUAAUAGUAUAAACAUUUUUAGAUCAUCUUUGAGAACUUUUUAUAUUGACAUUCUAAAGGAUAUGAACCAUCUUAAAGUAUUUUCAACUUUUUACUAGACCAUUAGUUAUUAAAUUCUUACUAUACAUUUGUAUAUAUUUGCAUGCUAUAGGCCUACGCAGCCAUUUAUUCUAUUUAUAGUUAGGAAGGACGCUGGUUUAUCAGUUUCACUGUCAUGCGUUUACCCUCAUUAAUAAAGUUGAUUGA